AUGCAGCGUGCUCUGUCUUCCGCCCUGCGGUCACCACUUUCCUCAUCUUCCCCAUACUCGAGAUCCGCAGGCAAGAGUUUACAACAACUCCGCUUUGCCCAUAAAGAGCUCCGGUUCGGAGUCGAAGGUCGAGCUCAAUUGCUAAAAGGUGUUGACACACUGGCCAAGGCCGUCGCCACUACUCUCGGUCCCAAAGGUCGAAAUGUCCUUAUCGAGUCGAGCUAUGGCUCUCCUAAAAUCACAAAAGAUGGUGUAACCGUCGCCAAAGCCGUCGUUCUCCAGGAUAAAUUUGAGAACCUCGGUGCUCGCCUCAUCCAGGAUGUCGCUUCCAAGACCAACGAAGUCGCGGGUGAUGGUACCACUACUGCCACCGUCCUUGCCUCGUCCAUCUUUUCCGAGACCGUCAAGAAUGUCGCCGCUGGAUGCAACCCUAUGGAUCUGAGAAGAGGUACUCAAGCCGCUGUUGAGGCUGUUGUCGACUAUCUCCAGAAGAACAAGAAAGACAUCACCACCAGCGCCGAGAUUGCUCAGGUCGCGACAAUCUCCGCCAACGGUGAUACCCACGUCGGUAACCUCAUCUCCAAUGCCAUGGAGAAGGUCGGCAAAGAGGGUGUCAUUACUGUCAAGGAAGGAAAGACUAUUGAAGACGAGCUUGAGAUCACCGAAGGCAUGCGCUUCGAUCGAGGCUUUACCUCCCCUUACUUCAUUACCGACACAAAAUCACAAAAGAUCGAGUUUGAGAAGCCUUUGAUCCUUCUGUCGGAGAAGAAAAUCUCCGCUGUUCAAGACAUCAUUCCUGCUCUCGAAGCCUCCACACAAUUACGACGACCUCUUGUCAUCAUCGCCGAGGACAUUGAUGGUGAGGCUCUUGCCGUAUGUAUCCUGAACAAGCUCCGAGGCCAGCUUCAAGUUGCCGCAGUCAAGGCUCCAGGCUUUGGCGACAACCGCAAGAGCAUUCUCGGCGAUAUCGGAAUCCUGACCAACGCCACUGUCUUCACAGAUGAGCUUGAAAUCAAGCUUGAAAAGGCUACCGCCGACAUGCUGGGUUCCACUGGCAGCAUUACCAUCACCAAGGAAGACACCAUCAUUCUCAACGGUGAAGGCAGCAAAGACGCUAUUGCUCAACGCUGCGAACAAAUCCGAGGCGUGAUGGCUGAUCCCUCUACUUCUGAGUACGAGAAGGAGAAGCUCCAGGAGCGUCUUGCCAAACUUUCUGGCGGUGUUGCUGUCAUUAAGGUCGGUGGUGCCUCAGAAGUUGAGGUUGGUGAGAAGAAGGACCGUGUUGUGGAUGCCCUAAACGCAACCCGCGCUGCCGUUGAAGAGGGUAUCUUGCCUGGUGGUGGCACAGCCUUGAUCAAGGCUUCUGCGAACGCUUUGAACGAUCUCAAGCCUGCCAACUUCGAUCAGCAACUAGGUGUCAGCAUCAUCAAAAGUGCUAUCACCCGACCAGCACGCAAGAUCGUCGAGAAUGCAGGUCUCGAGGGUAGCGUUAUUGUUGGCAAGCUUACCGACGAAUUCGGCUCAGACUUCAACAAGGGUUUCGACUCCGCCACUGGCGAAUACGUUGACAUGCUCGCCAGAGGUAUCGUUGACCCCUUGAAGGUUGUCCGCACUGCCCUUGUUGAUGCUUCCGGAGUUGCAUCGCUUCUCGGAACGACCGAAGUUGCCAUCGUUGAGGCCCCUGAAGAGAAACCUGCUGGCCCACCAAUGGGCGGCAUGGGCGGUAUGGGUGGAAUGGGUGGCAUGGGCGGCUUCUAA